CCUCUCAUUCUCUAGAACAUUGCGUUACCUUGAUCGCCUCGAGGCGUGUAGUUCUCUCCUUACCGUCUACUCACCCAAAGGGCGCCCGCAAUCCAUUGCCCUCGCCCAGCAUGUCGAGCCAACAACAGGCCCUCAUCCUCGACACAAUUGUCGCGAUGAGGAAAGCCUUGAAAAGAAAAGCUUAUGAGUCUGACUCUGACUCUUCGAUCGAACAUGACACCAACCGAGGAUACAAGUUGAAAAGGAGAGCCAGAUUCGUCAGACGUGGACACUUGCCUCCAUCCAUGGCGCCCGGGGUAUUCAAAGAGGUCGUUGACCACGCUGGCUUCCAGCGUGCGAUAAUCAACCGUAACCCACCCCUUAUCGACGAGGACGGCUACGAGAUCGAUAGCGACGACAAUGAAGAGCGUAUCCAAGAAGCCAUGGCUGCCGUCGCAGAUUCUAAUCCAUAUUCAUCCGUCCAUCUCGAGCAGAUUUUGGCACCACUCACCUCUCUGACCGAACUACCAAACCACCCCACGUUAUCACGUCCCUUCACCUCGAAGGCGUUGACAGAGCUCGUCGCUCAGGGCCGCGACCUGAUGCAUAAGGAAAACGCCGCUCUGUGGAAGGUCAGGCCCCUGCUUACACGACUUCAAGGCGACCAUACUUGGGCGCCUUGCGGCAUGAUGACGGAACCGAGCAAUUUCGACCUAUUCUCCGAAGACUACGUUCCGCGCUUUCACGGCCGCCCGGCGCAAGCCUCCACGGUGCGGAGCGCGGGCACGCCGACGAUAAGCGGGAGUGGUCCUGCAGAGGAUGGCGCAGCAGGCAACGGGGAGGCGUCUAAGCCUGCUGAAAAUAAGAACAGCCCAAGUAACCAGGAGCCUGCGCCGACGGAGGGUGGUCCAGAUGCAAGCCAGGAUCCAGAUAACGUCAGCAGCGACAAGCCCGUGGAGCCGGUCUCGGGAGAGCAGAGCAAGUCGGCCGUCCUCGAUGCUACGAACCGAGAAAAGGACGAAAGCGAGGCGCAGACAAACGGUCAAACAAGUAACGAAACCAAUAAUGAAAACGGGCGCCGGCCAAGUCGCGCCGGCCAGACCACAACCGCAGCAGCAGCAGCAGCAGUAAUGGAGGCCCAGGAAGCAGAUGUGGAGAUGGCUGAAGCCCCAGAGGCCGAGGCUGACACAGGAAAGCCCAGUAACCCUGGGUCAUACCACAGCGGCAGUCGAGCCUUGUCCAUGAAUCCAGACAUGACGGACGAUCUUUUUAUACACCCCCUAUUCCUCGCACCCCGAUCGGCCCUUCCGGCCCGAGACCAAGGUCUUCCAGAACCGGAAGCCGACGAUGUCCGGCGGCUCUUGCAGCUCUACGUCCAGAAGCAGGAGGAGGUAUGCCGGGGGACCACAAAUUUGUACAUGGGCCUGCUCAAAGCGGACAGGCGUCGAAAGACGGUGUUGAAGUGGUCCAAGGCAGAGGCCCACUGCGGCGAUAGGCGGGACAUGUCUGACGGUGAGGACUGGUACGACAAGGAAGAGUGGGGCCUCGUGGAGGACUUGAAGAAGGGCCAGGACGAGGAGGAGGAGGACACGGCCCAGACACAGAAGAAGACGAGGAAUAGGAGGUAGUCGUCGUCUGCCUGGGUACGGGCGAAGGAGGGGGUUGUCCCUGGGAGCCGAGCUCUCUGAUCUUGAUAUGAGGGUAUUGGAAGCGCUCCGAAUUAUCAUGUCUCUGAUUUAUCUACCUGUCUUCCUAUGUUGAGCAAAAUCCACCAUUUUCCUUUCUCUCGGCGUGCUGCACAGGCCUCACUGUCCAUCCUUAAAGUAUUACUUGCUCCCGGCGUCAGCCACCAGUCUAGGGAUCUUUAACAGCAACCGCAC